GGUUACACAAAGAAACCCUGUCUCGAAAGACAAAACAAACAAAACCCCACAAUCUACUGUUAUUUACCACAAUUAACUGAGUGCUGGGAUUAAAACUGUACAACCACACCUGGCCUUGUAACAAUUAUCUCACAGAUGAGGAACCUGAAGAAGGGUUGGAGACCUCAUCCUGGGUCACACAAAUUUUUUUGUUGCUUGUUUGUUUGUUUUGUAGACAGGGUCCCACUGUGUAGCUCUGACUGGCCUGUAGCUACACAGACCACACUAGCCUUGACCUCACAGAGAUCUGCCUGCCUCUGCUGUAAUUAAAGGCAGGUGCCACCUUGCCCUACUAAGCACACAAAUUCCUAAGGGACCAAGACAUCAUUUGACUCUAGAUCCUCAUGCUUUCCCUCAAAAAAUUUAUUCACCAAAGGAGAAAGGAGCUAAGAAAAACCAGGGUUCCAGAAGGAAGGUGACAGCAGACAGUCUCUGGGGGCGGGGCUGUGGUUUCUCUGAUCUCAGCGCCCCCUCCGCCCAGGCCCCACCCCUGCCCCUCCCAGAGCCGCCUAGAAGUGGUGGGGUGAGAGCUCCUCCUGGGUCACCCCUUUCCCUUUGGGGAAAGAAUUGCAGACCCAGGCCCUACGGACCAGAGGACCUCUUCUUCCUCAUCAAUACCCCUCCUGGGGGGUGGGGAGUGCAUCUACCUACACCCCCCCCACCUGCCUGACCUCCAGGGCCCCUGGGCCACAGCAGGUCACCUGAGAUGACGGUCAAGCUAGAUUUUGAAGAAUGUCUCAAGGACUCACCCCGCUUCCGAGCCUCAAUUGAAAUGGUGGAAGCUGAAGUGUCAGAAUUGGAGUCCCGCCUGGAAAAGCUCCUCAAGCUGGGUACCUGCCUCCUGGAAAGUGGGCACCAUUACCUUGCUGCCAGCCGUGCCUUCAUAGUUGGCAUUUGUGACCUGGCCCACCUGGGCCCACCAGAGCCCAUGAUGGCGGAGUGUCUAGAAAAAUUCACUGUGAGCCUAAAUCACAAGCUGGACAGCCAUGCCGAGCUUCUUGAUGCUACUCAACACACACUGCAGCAACAAAUCCAGACUCUGGUCAAGGAAGGUCUCCGGGGUUUCAGAGAGGCUCGCAGGGAUUUCUGGAGAGGGGCUGAGAGCCUGGAGGCUGCCCUUACCCACAAUGCAGAGGUCCCCAAGCGCCGCGUCCAAGAAGCAGAGGAGGCUGGAAUUGCUUUGAGGACUGCCCGAGCCGGGUACCGGAGUCGGGCAUUGGAUUAUGCCCUGCAGGUCAAUGUGAUCGAGGAUAAGAGGAAGUUUGACAUCAUGGAGUUCGUGCUACGUUUGGUAGAGGCCCAGGCUACCUACUUCCAGCAGGGCCAUGAAGAGCUAAACCGCCUGGCUCAGUAUCGGAAGGAGUUGGGUGCCCAGUUACACAACCUGGUCUUGAACUCGGCGAGAGAGAAGAGAGACAUGGAGCAGAGGCACGUGUUACUGAAGCAGAAGGAGCUGGGUGGUGAGGAGCCAGAGCCAAGCCUAAAGGAGGGGCCUAGUGGCUUGGUGAUGGAAGGACACCUUUUCAAACGGGCCAGCAACGCAUUUAAGACCUGGAGUAGGUGGAAGCAGAAGGAUCAGGAGUUGAAGGCUAGCCUUACUGCCAUCUGCUGGAAAACCCCCACACACACUCUCACCCAUCCCCCUCCCAGGUCCUGUCUCCUCCAGGCUGACUCUGAGCGCCUCCUGCAGCUGUGGAUCAAUGCUGUUCAGAGCAGCAUUGCCUCUGCCUUCAGCCAGGCUCGCCUUGAUAACAGCCCUCGUGGUCCAAGCCAGGUCUCAGGACACCUUGCCCUGGGUUCUGCUGCUACCCUGGGCUGUGGCGGGGCAGCCAGAGGAAGGGAACCUGGGGGAGUUGGGCAGGUGGCAGCCCAGGUACAGAGUGUGGAGGGGAAUGCCCAGUGCUGCGACUGCAGGGAGCCAGCCCCGGAGUGGGCCAGCAUCAACCUCGGUGUCACUCUCUGCAUUCAGUGCUCCGGCAUCCACAGGAGCCUCGGUGUUCAUUUCUCCAAAGUCCGGUCUCUGACCCUUGACUCCUGGGAACCAGAACUCGUGAAGCUCAUGUGUGAGCUGGGGAAUGUCGUCAUCAACCAGAUCUAUGAGGCCAGGGUGGAGGCCAUGGCAGUGAAGAAGCCAGGGCCCAGCUGCUCCCGGCAGGAAAAAGAAGCCUGGAUCCAUGCCAAGUAUGUGGAGAAAAAGUUUCUGACUAAGCUUCCUGAAAUUCGAGGGCGAAGAGGUGGCAGGGUACCCCCAAGAGGACAUCCUCCUGUGCCCCCAAAGCCUGCUGUCAGGCCGCAGCCAGGGAUUGCCAGGUCCAAAUCAGAGUCCCCAUCUGAUGACCUGGGAAGCCUGCACCCUGGGGCCCUGCUGUUCCAAGCUGCUGGACAUCCUCCAUCUCUUCCUACCAUGGCUGAUGCCCUGGCCCAUGGAGCAGAUGUCAACUGGGUCAACGGGGCUCAGGGGAAUGCCACACCUCUGAUCCGGGCCACAGCUGCUAAUUCUCUUAUGGCCUGUGAGUUUCUCCUCCAGAAUGGGGCAAACGUGAACCAGGCAGACAGUGCUGGCCGGGGCCCACUUCACCACGCCACCAUUCUUGGCCACACAGGGCUUGCUUGCCUGUUCCUGAAGCGGGGUGCAGAUCUGGGGGCUCGAGACGCAGAAGGCAGGGACCCUCUGACUAUUGCAAUGGAAACGGCCAACGCAGACAUCGUAACCCUGUUACGACUGGCAAAGAUGAGGGAGGCUGAAGCGGCCCAGGGCCAGGCAGGAGACGAGACAUAUCUCGACAUAUUCCGAGACUUCUCUCUCAUGGCGUCGGACGACCCCGAGAAACUCAGCCGUCGCAGUCACGACCUCCAUACGCUUUGAUUCCAGGCUCCUCCCCACUUUGCCAUGACUUGUU